AUGAUUGAAAAGCCACCUGCGUUUGUUGACCUUACUGAAUUUGCUAGUAACAGUACUGGCGGCGAAGUAAUCUUUGCGACAGAUGACUUCUUUGCAACAUGCGAGAAUAUGAUAUCGGAUAAGGAUCCCAUAUUCUUACCUGAGGAGUACACGGAGUUCGGGAAAUGGAUGGAUGGCUGGGAGACCAGGAGGAAGAGGAUACCGGGUCACGACUGGUGUUUGAUACGGCUGGCAACUAAAUGCAUUAUUAGAGGUCUUCUGGUUGACACGGCAUUCUUUACCGGUAACUAUGCACCGAAGUAUUCCAUUCAGGCAGCCUGCUUGUCGCCCGAAGAGGAGGCAUUAAUACCGAAGAGAAUUUCACGGAUGGGUUCCGCGGCGAGCGAGUCCGACUUGAAACAAAUGAAUGAGCUUAGGUCCGACAAAUGGGAGGAAAUCGUCCCAAUAACAGCUCUGCUGCCAGGGUACGAGGAGACCAGGAUGAACUUUCAGAAGGUACUCAGUGAUGAAGCCUGGACCUACAUCCGAGUGAACUUAUACCCAGAUGGUGGAAUCGCGAGACUGAGAGUGUUCGGUGAGGCGGCCCCAGACGUACCACCCAGUGACCAGCUAGUUGAUUUGGCAUCCAUGCUGUAUGGUGCUACGGUUCUAACUUACUCAAAUGCGCACUACGGCCAUCCCAAAAACAUCGUGAAACCAGGGAAGAGUGAAACCAUGGCUGAUGGUUGGGAAACAGCACGACGUCUGGACAGACCAGCUAUCAUUAAUAUUAGGGAAGACGGAACUCUUAAAGUACCAGGCGAGGAAUGGGCAAUCUUCAAGCUGGGAUUCCCCGGUAGAGCAAAGGACAUUUGUAUAGACACGACACAGUUUAAAGGAAACUUCCCGGAUAGCGUGAAAAUUGAAGGCGCCUUCCUGAAGAAUGACUUUGCAAGUACAAGAGACGUUAUUUGGAAGAGCAUUCUGCGACCAGUUAAGCUAUCAGCAAACAAAGAACAUUGGAUUGAAUGUGAUUCAGACAUAAUCACUCACAUUCGUGUAACAAUGGCGCCUGACGGAGGCUUCAGCAGACUAAGGAUGUAUGGAUUCGUUGAAACUAAUUUAUUAUAA